AUGGAAUGGAAAUUUAUUAAGCAAUUUAGUCAUAUUAAUCGAAUAUCUAGACAAACACGCAUACAUCAUACACAAUUGAAUAGACGAUAUGAUGAACAAUUAGCACGACAAUUAGAACAACUCGAUUAUGAAAGAGAAUAUAUUUCCUUAAUCAAAAAGAAAGAAUUCGAUUCAGAAAAUGAUCGAAAAAAAUUACUAGAAAUAACCAUUAAACAAAUAGCAGAAGAAAAAUGUCCACAAUUGAAACUAAAAACGAACGAAAAUCGAGAAUCUGAUACGAAUGGAAGACCAUCAGAACAAGGUAUAUCAAAACUGAGCAUUAAUAAUAUUAUUCAUACAAAACCUCAUUCUGCUUCUAUAAAAAGAAGUCCACAAAGUAAAAAUGUCAAUAAUUUUCUACAACCACCAGCGUCACAUACUCAAGAUACGACUAUACCAUUGUCAACCAAUGAGCCUGUUCGAUUAACAAUAAAAAACCAAGAUAAACAAAGGUUACCCAUGAAGAAUUCUGAAAACUCAUUUACACAUCCGUCGACAACUGAACGAUUACCGACGACAGAAUCUUGCACUCUAUUUUCGAGUAAUUGUCAAUUUUACCCAUGUCAACCGGUUUAUAAAUAUACAAGUUUCACAAAUCGGGAAAAAGAUCGUACAUGUCAGAUAAGAACAAAAUCGGAUCAACAGAUGAAUCCACCUUCGACCAAUAGUAAUGAGAAAAAUACAACAGCACAUGAUUUAUUCAAAACAAUAAACGAAAAACGAAAGAAACAAGGACAAAAACAACUUUCAUCCUUAUCACUCAAUCAAAAUGAUCUUAUUUAUCGAUACAUCGCUUUACGAAAAACAAAUGCACGUUUAGAUGAACAAAGUAAAUAUUUAAAAGAGCAGUUGGCUGAUAAAACAACCUACGGAUAUCAGAGAGAACGUCAGAAAAAUCUAUCGCGUGCAAUAGCAAGACAUACAAAAAUAACAGCAAAAUUCUGUGGUUGA